GUUGGAGCGUCUCUUCUGGCCAGCUCCAAAGGGAGAGGAAGAGGAGGGAGGACUCCGGACUCAGGGUGGACCUCAGCUCCUCCUAGACUCCCCGCGCUGUGCCCAGCGGCCUCACGGGGGUGCGUCUGCGCCCGGGGACCUGCGCUUCGGGGCGAGCUGCGCGCAGGGCUGGCGGGCGCACAUGGAGGACGCGCACUGCGCCUGGCUGGCGCUGCCGGGGCUGCCCCCGGGCUGGGCUUUCUUCGCGGUCCUCGAUGGCCACGGCGGGACGCGCGCUGCGCUCUUUGGUGCGCGCCACCUGCUGGGCCACGUGCUGGAGGCGCUGGGACCCGCGCCCCGCGAGCCCGAGGGCGUGUGCGGGGCGCUACGGAGCGCCUUCCUGAGCGCGGACGCCCGCCUGCGCGCGCUCUGGCCCAGAGGCCAGCCCGGCGGCUCCACGGCGGUGGCGCUGCUCGUCUCCCCGCACUUCCUGUACUUGGCGCACUGCGGGGACUCGCGCGCCAUCCUGAGCCGCGCAGGCGCCGUGGCCUUCAGCACCGAGGACCAUCGUCCCGUGCGGCCGCGGGAACGCGAGCGCAUCCACGACGCGGGCGGCACCAUCCGCCGGCGGCGCCUCGAGGGCUCGUUGGCCGUGUCUCGGGCGCUGGGUGACUUCGCCUUCAAAGAGGCUCCCGGGAGGCCCCCGGAGCUGCAGCUGGUUUCUGCCGAACCCGAGGUCACCGCCCUGGCCCGCGGGGCUGAGGACGAGUUCCUGCUGCUGGCCUCUGAUGGCGUGUGGGACGCCAUGACUGGCGCGGCCCUGGCGGGGCUGGUGGCUUCGCGGCUCCGCCUCGGCCUGGCCCCGGAGCUCGUCUGCGCGCAGCUGCUCGACACAUGUCUGUGCAAGGGCAGCCUGGACAACAUAACCUGCAUCCUAGUCUGCUUCCCGGGGGCCCCCGGGCCUUGUAAGGAGGCGAUCAAGAAGGAGAAAGAGCUGGAUGCAGUCCUGGGCCACAGGGUUGCAGAGCUGUGUGCCUCUGCUCAGGAACCCCCCAGCCUAAAUGAGGUUUUCAGGACUCUGAUCUCUGAGGGCAUCCCAAACUUACCUCCUGGAGGGGGCUUCUACUGCAAGGCCACAAUCAUCUCUGAAGCUUAUUCUCAACUCCGCCAGGCCUCAGGAGAGUGCUGAGAGCCACCAAACUGCAGAUGCUACCAUGAUGUCAACCUGACUUCCCUGGGCAGACAACCUCACCAAUGUGUCCUGGAAACCCACCUCCCUAGAUCCCUGCCCCACUAGGGAAAGAUAAGUACAGGCUGGGAGUAUGGAUCAACCUGUCAACAUCCAUAUCCAGCAAAGAAGCAAUUACAGAAGUCAGACCUCCCACCUUCUGCACCCCACAAUGAUCUUGGGCUCUCAGAGACAUAAAGAAUAGGAAAGCUUCCAAUGGAGGGGAUGGGAUACAGAACUCUGGUGGUGGUAAUUGUGUGGAAAUGUACACCCCUUAUCCUAUGGUCUUGUCGAUCAUUAUUUAAAAAGGGG